AAAUAAUGAAAAUUUUUAUUUUUAUUUUCUGUAUUAAAAUUACCGCUGGUUUCUACGCAGGUGGCCCGUCUAUAUCCAAUAAUCCAAAUUACAACUCAACAUUCUUUUGGAAUGGACAACGACCGAACUAUGAUGGACCGACAUUUAAUAGCCAGACACCAAAUUAUGGUGGACAAUAUCCAACAAAUUGGAAUAGUCAGAAUCCUCCAGCUUGGAAUGGACAGAACCCAACAAAUUGGAACAGCCAGAAUCCUCCUGAUUGGAAUAGACAUCAACCUCCAACAUGGAAUGAACAAAAUCUUUUCAAUCAGAAUUCAAGCAUCAACACAUCAAAUCCACCAAGUGGGAUUGGGCAAAGACCACCAAUCUGGAAUGGACCGAUUCCGUAUGACGAAAGCCAAUAUCCACAAAUAUUAAGCAAUAAAAAUCCAUCAGUUAAUCCUCUAAACUUGAACACACAAAAUCCAAUAAAUGCUAAUCCUACCUUCAUUCCACAAAAUUCUAAUGAAAAUCAAGAUCCAAACGAAAUAGAACUUUUCUACGAAAUCGGUUCACCAAUAUCAAGGAUUAAACGUGACGUGAGAUUCCCCGAUGAUGAUGAAAAUGUCAAUAGUCAACAAGAAUUGCCAAAUAUUGAAAUCAACAACAACACAAUCGGCGAUGUGCUAGUUGUAUCAAAUAUGUCCAAAGAAGGACGUGCCUCAAAGCAAAUGAUGCAGAGCGUUACGAAAAUCGAUGUGGGACCACAAUCGCAAUUAUUUGUGCCACCAGGAUCAACAUCAGUGAUUUAUUUUGAAGUGACAAAUUUAAGAAAUGAACCAACUUAUCAUAGCUUUAAUGUUCAAGACGAGAAGAGAUAUUUACGGCAAAUGGAACCGAGAUUUUUCUGGUUGAGACCACAUCAGAGAGAAUCAGUCCGAGUAACAAUAAUGAUACCACAAGGAACUGAGCUUGGUAUAAAAGAUAAAAUCACGUUGACAUCUCAGAGCAUUGUUCAGACACAACAAUCAGUUGCUGUGACUGUCACAACUAAUGGAGUAGUUGAUUCAUGGCAACCUCGUCUUUGGUAUACAUACAGUACGAGAUGUGAUUGGCGUUGGAAUUGUGUCGGUGGAAUUUGGUCAGUAGAAGUUGUAGCACGAGACUAUGAGACAGGAAUGUUAAGUUUGCGAUCAAAUCCCGAAGGAUUAUUGUUACGUGCUCCAUUUACUGCUGGAACGACUGAAGAGGUUCAUGCUACAUUCUCAGCAUCAUGCUGUGAGCCAAAAGUUUCAAUCACAGCUUAUGAUUUAAAUAGAAAUCAAAGAACGCUUCAACUUGACGUCGAUUGGCCAUGGUUGAGUGAAUAUGGAAUAGCAACAGUAGUCCUUGGCUGUCUCUUCUUCAUCCUCUUGAUAAUCCUCAUCGUUAUUUGGGUCAGAUGGUGCAUUAAACGACGUCGAGAGAGAAAUGAUUAUAAUUUGGAUGGGCCGAUACAUUAAGAUUGAUUACCUGACCCAGACUUCAAGACUUGCCUUGCCUUCAUAAUGACAAAUUUCCUUCAUCAUCACGACACAAUGAAUUGUACAAACGCAUAUACAUACACACAUAAAUAAAUUUAUUUUAUUAAUAUCGUACUAAUAUAUAUUUAUUGCUCAAUAAAUUAUUCCAUCAUGGACAUAACAACAAAAUAGUGGAAAAGCAACUAGCAUGGCAGAAAUAUUGCUUUUUGAUAAAUGCCUUGUCAUUAUGAUGGAAAUGUUCCUAAGGAUGUCUUCAAGAUGACUAAUGAUUAUGACAAAUGAAACGUAAGAAGAUACAUAGACAUAGCUAGCUAUAAUGCAGUAGAAGCAAAAUUGAAAAUUCAUUAUAUGAUACGUUUAUACUUAAUUGAAUCUAAUAAAGUCAUG